ACAAGCCCACCACCAUAACACACUCCUAUUACAACAUGUAGUCUGUCACGUGCGGGUUUUUAUUCUGCAUUCCUACUCGAAACGCUCGAGCUGCUGUUGUUGCAUUUUGGGUUGUUGUUGUUAUUGUUUUUUCAGGAUGUCGGUGUAGCACAGGAAAGGGAGGUGGGAGACCGGGACCAAAUUUCUCCGCGUGAUUUAUUGACGUUUGGUCGAUCGCUGCUGAAGCAUCUUUUUUAUCUGCUGCUGUCUGCCUCAGGAAGCGCACAGACCAAAAAAACGCACGAGCGGGGAAGUUAAAACAUGCCAGUCCCGAUUUCUCCCGAAAUCUCAACGAGCUGCUUGGACGUCUUGAAAAUGGCAUGUUGAUGUGUGGUGAGAGCCUUAACCAAUAAUGGCCCAUAGGAUAAGCAAUAUAAAGCUAGCAGACGAUCCACUGUUGCAGGUUGCACUGCAAGUCAUCUUCUACAACCGUCAGGCAAACAUCUCUUGGAAAAACAUCUAAGCUCUGUAGACAGAUUGUUUUUUUUUAGUACUAGGACGUCUGGAUGAACCGAGAUGGCGAGCCUAGCCCAGCGAGACUGGUAGAUGAUCUUUAACGGAGUGGCCAGGCAGUUGAUUUGUCACCAGAGGAAUCUUGAUUUACGUCAAAAGUACCAAUCUGAGUGUCUCCAUCAUGAGGCUUUUGUUGAAGAAUCUGGAUAAAAUGAGAUGUCUACGUAAGCGCUCCACCAUCCCCUUUUUGGUGAUUCUCAUUACCUUUCUGCUUUUCAUGAACCUUUACAUGGAGGAUGGCUAUGUGCUGGAGGAGGAUAAACGGCAGUUGAGAGAGGUCUCAAUGCACCCCUUAAAUUCUGAGCGAUAUGUUCACACCUUCAAAGACAUCACCAAUUUUUCUGGAACAAUCAACGUAACUUAUCGCUACCUUGCUGGGACCCCACUUCCUCGAAAAAAGUACCUCACAAUUGGAUUGUCAUCCGUAAAAAGAAAACGAGGAAAUUACCUUUUGGAGACCAUCAAAUCCAUUUUUGACCAGUCAAGCUACGAAGAGCUAAAAGAGAUUGUAGUUGUGGUUCACCUGGCGGAUUUUGACCUGGCUUGGUGUGAGAGUUUGGUUCAGGAGAUCACCCGCAAAUUUGGACAUCACAUAAUAGCAGGACGCCUGCUGGUUAUUCAUGCACCCGAGGAAUUUUACCCAUCUCUUGACGGGCUAAAGAGAAAUUACAAUGACCCUGAGGAUAGAGUUCGGUUCCGUUCCAAGCAGAAUGUAGACUAUGCUUUCCUGCUCAACUUCUGCACCAACCUCUCCCACUUUUAUAUGAUGCUGGAGGACGAUGUGCGAUGCUCACGAAAUUUUCUCACCGCUCUAAAAAAGGUUGUCACUUCCAGAGAGGGGUCGUACUGGGUCACGCUGGAAUUCUCUAAACUCGGCUACAUCGGGAAGCUCUACCACUCUAGAGAUCUUCCCAGACUUGCACACUUUCUCCUCAUGUUCUAUCAGGAGAUGCCUUGUGACUGGCUGCUGAUUCAUUUCCGAGGCCUGUUGGCCCAGAAGGAAGUGAUCCGCUUCAAGCCAUCGCUUUUCCAACACAUGGGCUACUACUCCUCGUACAAGGGGGCUGAGAAUAAACUGAAGGAUGACGACUUCGAGGAGGACUCACUUGAUAUCCCAGAUAACCCCCCGGCUACAUUAUACACAAACAUCAACGUGUUUGAGAGCUAUGAUGCUGCCAAAGCUUACAGUAGUGUGGACGAGUACUUCUGGGGCAAGUCUCCUUCCACCGGGGACUUUUAUGUCAUAGUGUUCAACAAGCCGACAAAAAUCAGCAAAAUUAAGAUUAGCACUGGAACAGAUGACCGUCAGAAUGACAUUUUGCACCAUGGAGCGUUAGAAGUUGGAGAGAAACUGGUGGGAACAAAAAAGGGCAGGCAGUGCUCCUCCUACAUCACAUUAGGAGAGUUUAAACAUGGGAACAUUGAGGUUCACAACGUGAACCAUAAAAUUGCUUUUGAUAUUGAGUGCGUUCGCAUCGUGGUUACAGCCAACCAGAAGGAAUGGCUUAUCAUCAGAAGUAUAAGCCUGUGGACUACUCAACCUCCAAAUCAAUGAGAACUGCUCUGGAUCAUCACUACUAUCACACAAAAUGCACAACAAUCAGUCAUUUAGUUUGCUGGGUAUAUUUAUUUAUUUAUUUAAUUUUUGGUUGAUUAUUUAUUUAUUAGGUUUACUAUUUAUUUGGU